GAAAAAGUCGAAGCUCAUCCCGAAAGGAAACGAAGAUGGUAGCCAAACACAAGAGGAUCAUACAAAGUCCGACGCAUCACGUUAAUGGUGCAGAAAUAGUCCUACCGCAACAUGGAUAUGCUCCGGGAAAGUCUCCGCUGAAUAUGAAAUCCGACAGCAGUGGAAGCAGCGAAGACACGGUUUCGACUAGGGAGACCUUUUGGAUAGGGGCACUCCAUGACAGCGAGGAAAUGCAACUACCAACCUGGUCGGGGAAUCCACAAAGUCCUUUAGAUGGAGGGCACUCAUCAAGGAAUACACUAUUAUUCACAGCUCACAAGCGAAAUUUCUCGGCGCCUUUGUUCCUUAUUGCCUUCGUUCUCGUGGGAUUGGCUGCGAUGGUUACUUCAAGAAUUACAGUGAACGAUGCUUCCGAGCAAGUAUCACUAUUGACCACCAAUAGAGCGAAAAUGAACUUGCAACUUCAAAAAUCACAAAAGGACAUGCUCAGUCUGAAACGUAAAAUCUCGGCAAUGGAUGCCAUGAUUCAACAGCAGCAGGGCAUGGACACUAACGCUUCCAGUUCAGGCGCUAUUCAACAGCGUGCCUUAGAAGAAGUGAACAGUCUGCAAGAAAGCCUAACGUUUUUAGGGAAACAUUCUGAGGCAUUAAAAAAACAGGUGCAAUCCAUGAGCCUUAAAUCCCUCGAAGAUUCAUAUGGAUCUUUGAUACAGCGUGUCGAAGUUGAACUUCAAUUUCCUGAUCACAAGGUGGGGCCCCACAAAUUCGUCAUCGAACUCGCACCUAUAGAGGUUAUGCCGCAUUCUGUCGACGUUUUUCUCCGAAUGGUUUCGACUCACUUACUUGAUGGAUGCUCCUUUAUCCUAAACGCUUUGCAUGUGGUAAAGGCCGCCCCGCUUCCAUAUGACGGCAGUUCCGCUGCCGACAAGGCGAAGGCAUUUACCGAACACGGCUUGGAGAGCGUAGCUUUCCGUGAAUACAACGCAGACUACCCGCAUAAACAGUAUACGGUGGGUUUUGCCGCAGACGGCAGUCCGAGUUUUUACAUCAAUACAGAAGACAACAGUGAAAUUCACAUCGGAGAUCCAUGCUUCGGCAGGAUAGUUGAGGGUUUCGACACUAUCCGCAGAUUGGAAGCGAGUCCUACCCGUAACGGUAUCUGGUUUGAGAAAAGGAUAGGCAUCAAACGAGCUCGAAUCUUAUAG